AUGCGAUUUCCUACACUCGUCGCUUUGAGCGUGUCAUUUGUUGUGCAUGUGUACAGUCAAACUAUAUCACCCGGGAGCCAUGUGAGGCACGACAAAAACGCGGCUCUGGGCUUCCAGGCAAUGGUGGGGAGAAUCAGGAGCGCAACACCUCUUACGGUCAAAAGCACCAGGCAAAUGCAAAAAUGGUCAGCAAACGAAAUUGGAAAGUCCCCAGCAACCUCACCAGAAGCAGCGGCGACAACGAAAAAGUCAACAGAGUUUAUGCAAAAUGGCGUACGCCAUGCCAUCGUCCCACGGCUCCGAAAGGCCAGGUUCACUCAAGCUUCCGAAAUUGUUCCUGAGUCGGGGCUUGAGAUUAGUGCGAGACGGAUUGAAAGACACAAGUCACCGCCUAAGACCAUGGAAGACCUUGAGGACGGAGAAAUUGCUGCCGAACUGGGUGCGGACGUGCCUAGACGAAGGCAUAUGAAGGCGCCGGAGUUGGAGUAUGCGGCACCAGGCGCCGAAGAAGUCCUUUCUGCCACAGUGCCUCCAGGACCCUCCUCGAUUCCGUCUCCCGAAACGGUUGCCCCGUCUGAAUCUGCUUCACAAGGGGUAAUCACUGCUAUUAAUUUUGCAUCACGGCCUUUCUGCGAUCUCUGCUUUUAG